CACGAGCUUCCAGUGCUGUCUUCGCCAUCACACCGCAAGGGACGGAUCCCUGAAAAACGAGCGGUCUUCCCGCUGUGCCGCAUGGCCGCCACGGUUGAUAUGAUUGAAAGCGGCAAGGCGUGUCUAGUUGGUCGCGGACUGGUCGCGUACAUAAACAAACCGUGCGCCAGACCCCUGCAGCGACCCCACCAAGCUAGACCAACGCGGCGCUCCUCACCGCUUGAACCCAGAACACUUCUGCCUCCAGCGUCGACGCCAGGAACUUGAAGUCUCCUUCGACAGUCGUCUGUUUGACACAGCAAUACAUCCACCAUGCGAGGAGAGAUCUGCCACCUUCACAUCGGCCAAGCUGGUACCCAGCUGGGUAACAGCGCCUGGGAGCUGUACCUCCUCGAGCACGGUCUGCUCCCCGAUGGUCGUCCCAACCCCGAUGCGAAGGAGCUUGGUGAGGGCGGUUCCUACGAGACCUUCUUCACCGAGACUGGCAGCGGCAAAUACGUCCCCCGUUCCAUCUUCGUCGACUUGGACCCUUCGCCAAUCGACGAAAUCCGAACCGGCGCCUACCGCCAAUUGUUCCACCCUGAGCUGUUGAUCAGCGGCAAGGAGGACGCUGCCAACAACUAUGCUCGUGGCCACUACACCAUCGGCAAGGAGAUGGUCGACAGCGUCAUUGAGAAGAUCCGUCGCGUUGCUGACAACUGCUCCUCGCUCCAAGGUUUCCUCAUCUUCCACUCUUUCGGUGGCGGUACCGGUUCCGGUUUCGGCGCGCUUCUCCUCGAGCGCCUCAGCACCGACUACGGCAAGAAGUGCAAGCUCGAAUUCGCCGUCUACCCAGCUCCCCGCGUCUCCACCUCGGUCGUCGAGCCCUACAACGCCGUUCUGUCGACACACAGCACCAUCGAGAACUCCGACUGCACCUUCCUCGUUGACAACGAAGCUGUCUACGACAUCUGUAGACGCAGCUUGGACAUUCCCCGUCCCAACUACGAGCAUCUCAACCGCCUCAUCGCCCAGGUUGUUAGCUCCAUCACCUCGUCUCUGCGCUUCGAUGGUGCGCUCAAUGUCGAUUUGAACGAGUUCCAGACCAACCUUGUGCCGUACCCGCGUAUCCACUACCCGCUCAUUAGUUACGCGCCUGUCAUCUCGGCCAAGAAGAGCUCCCACGAGAGCUUCAAGGUCUCUGACCUUACCUUCCAAUGCUUCGAGCCCAACAACCAAAUGGUUGUCUGUGACCCUCGCAACGGAAAGUACAUGGCCGUUGCGCUCCUCUACCGUGGUGACAUUGUCCCCCGCGACUGCUCCGCUGCCGCUGGUGCGCUCAAGGCCAAGUCGUCCUUCAACUUGGUCGAAUGGUGCCCCACUGGUUUCAAGCUCGGAAUCAACUACACCAAGCCCAUCUCUGUUCCCGGCUCCGAGCUCUCCUCGGUCGACCGUUCCGUGGCCAUGUUGUCCAACACUACUGCCAUCGCCGAAGCCUGGUCCCGCCUCGACCACAAGUUUGAUCUCAUGUACAGCAAGCGUGCGUUUGUGCAUUGGUAUGUUGGUGAGGGUAUGGAGGAGGGUGAAUUUAGCGAGGCGAGAGAAGAUCUUGCAGCGCUUGAGAAAGAUUACGAAGAAGUGGCUUCUGAUUCGCUUGACGAUGAGGUUGAGGAGGGUGAGUACUAAACUCGUUUGUUUUUUUAUAUUCAAAGGGAGAAGUGUGGUUAGCUGAGGGAGACAAGACAUUUGGGCGAUUGUUGCUGAAGCUUACGAAUGAUGUAAGCGGUGGGACAAGUUUCCCGCUGGAAUGGCAUACUUUACCUCUUACGGCAUCUUGUGUUGAAUUGAUGUUUCUGUUGUUGUUGUUGUCGUCGUCGUUGUCGUGUUCGACUCACGUGCACGAUAUACAAGGCAGGAUAUGAACGGGUGUAGAAGUAACGAGCCCUACGUUAUCGCCUACGUUGGCUUCUGCUAAGAGAGCUUGUAGAGAUUUAUGAUAUUCUAGAUUUCUAUU